AUGACGGGAAGUUCGAGAGAUUCGGGCGUAUGCCUGAGCAGCUUCUUUUCGCAGCGCAAAGUUUCACACAACUUUCGUCACGACUGCGACAACUUUGCCAAGGCCAAGUUCCCCAAGGAUGAUAUCCGGCCAGUUCCUACGCAAGGAUACUGUUCCUAUACAAUGUUCAUUGGCGACGACAAGGUGGCCCAGUUUCGCCCUCCAGACCACGGACUUGAUAUUGCGGUCACAUCAACAGCUCAUCGUAUCUUUGGUGAUAUUGUCCCAGAGACUGAAAUUCUUGGGGUUGUACACGAUGAGAACGACGGUACCGAGUUGCAUGCCUAUUCCAUGACAAGACUCCAUGGGACAUCUCUUGUUGAUGCUCGGCAUUCGGACAACCCAAGACCCAGAAACACGAAGGAAGCGCGGCGUCGCAUUGUGAAGGACUUUGCUCGACUGCAAGCAACUAGCUGGAAUAAUCGAAAGCCCAGCGAACAAGUCUCACAGAAAGGCUUGGUUGGCUCUUCGCUGGUGUGGCGGACAAAACUCUUGGGAUCCAACCUGCCCGAACGAUUCAAGAAGUUUGCGUCGUCCAAUCUUCGGAACUUAGACGAAAUUGAACAAUUACCAUGGACAUUGACACACGGAGAUUUCAUCCCGUCCAACAUUUUGGUCAGCGCAAAGAAUGGCAGCAUCACAGGCUUGCUCGAUUGGGCAGAGGCAGAAUGGCUUCCCUUUGGAGUUGGGCUUUACGGCCUCGAAGAACUACUAGGCGCAGAAGUCAACGGGACCUUUGAGUAUUUCUCCGAGGCACGAAGGCUCCGGCAUUUAUUCUGGAGUGAGCUGAUAUCACUCGUGCCGGAGCUACGCCGCGAUCCGCGGCUAUUGGCUGCGGUGCAGGAGGCCCAAGUUUUGGGUAUCCUGCUGUGGCAUGGCAUUGCAUUCGACGACGGGCGGUUGGACAGAGUUGUUGAAGAAGGUGUCGAUGACGGUGAAAUCCAACGUCUAGAUGCGAUGCUCCUUGGACGUUCUGGCCUGCGUUCUACCAGCACAUGGCGCGAGAGGUUAUUUUCAAUCCGUGAUUUUGUGGCUUACCAUUCACUAGGUAGUGAGUGA